GAAUGACGAUUUCGUUAUGAUAUCUAUUACUAAUCUUCACAAUUGACCUAUUUUAUUCCAACCGAAUUGACGGUACCGUGCGGCUAAUAUCAUCGCGGUGGCUGGUAGCCUCGCGUUGAAAAAUUUUCGUGACAAGACAGCGACGGGAAAACAACGUAUUAGAAAGGCGUGUAGACAAGUGCGCACACACGCGUAAUUCAACUUCGCCGGGAUGCGAUACCGCAAGAAAAAGGCUCGAAUAGUAUAAAAGGGGUGUAUUCUAUCCGACCUGCAUCAGUUUCAGUCGCGAACCAACCGUCGCUACACAUUACAUUGCACUAGCAACAUGAAAUUUCUCAUUGUUCUUGCUAUCUUCGCUUUGGCAUCUCCCUUGUAUGCCCAAUCUGAGGAAAAGGUAAUCGAGAAGAGAGGCAUCAGCUAUGGUUUGGGAGGUGGCUUAGGUCAUGGAGGUGGCUUAGGUCAUGGAGGAGGACUUAGUAGUGUAUCAUACAGCGUUCCGGUAGUCACCAAAAGCAUCCGUAUCUCUAGCGGUGGAUUUGGAGGAUAUGGUCUUGGAGGACAUGGUCUUGGAGGACAUGGUCUUGGAGGACUCUCCAGAGGACACGGUGGAUGGUGAAAAAGCCAGUGUUAACUGGCUGAUCUGAUUUCUGAUCUUAUGGUAUUGCGUCUUUUCACAUAUUUUAUGGCGAAAGGAGCUUUUGUACUGCAAACCAUAAAAUAAAUUUUUAAUAAUUUUGUAAUCAGUGUUAUUACUGUUUCCCUGUUAUACCCCACACGCUAUAUGUAAUUAACCGUUAAGUAAAAUUUUGAAUAUAUAUCAUAACCUACUUUAAUAAAAUUAAUUUUAAGAUUCUUGAAGCUUUAACGAAAGAGUUGAUUAUUUUUAUUAACAUUUUUAAUGAACAGUCAUAGGGUUCGUGUCCCAGAUAAAGAUAAUGUAGAAAUGGGUUUUAUCUAUCCUCACUCUGGUGACGUAACGAGAUUCGAUGUUUUGUCGCUAGAUAGAAUUGUAAGAGUGUAGAUGCAAAGUUGUAUUUUAUAAAUUUGUGUGGUUAUCAAUUAAAAGUUAGAACAAUCAUGAAUUCCUUAGUAAGAAGUAUGGUGAGCGGAGCUACAUCUUGUCUUACAAGUUCCACCGUAGGUA